GCAACAUUUGCGGCAUUUUCCGUGGUGCGCUGGAGGCCCCUUUCGUCAAGGACGGUAAAGCCUUGACGAGAAAGAUGAACUACGAUGUUUGGUUCCGAGAUGCAAAGGGCAAUGUUUGCACCAUCCCUGGCAGAGCUUUAGCUCUCGUGCGAAACGUUGGCCACCACAUGUUCACAGAUGCGGUGCUGACGUCGGAUGGCAAGUUCGUCCCGGAAGGUUUUUUGGAUUGCUUGGUCACCACAGCGAGCGCCCUCCACGAUUUGCGUGGCACCUCGCGUCUUAUGAACAGCCGCGAAGGCUCAGUUUACAUCGUGAAGCCUAAGCAGCAUGGCCCAGAGGAGAUUGCGCUGACAAGCCGGCUGUUCGGCCGAGCGGAGGAAUUCUUCGGUCUGCGCCGCAACACCAUCAAGAUGGGCAUCAUGGACGAGGAGCGCCGAACCAGCGCCAACUUGCGCGAGUGCCUGCGGGCAGCGAUGGAGCGUGUGUUCUUCAUCAACACAGGCUUUUUGGAUCGAACGGGAGACGAGAUCCAUACAUGCAUGCUUGCUGGGCCGGUGGUGCGCAAGGGCGAUAUGAAGAAGCAGCUUCUUGGCUGCCAGUAA